GCGAGGAGGAUCCCGGGCGGCAUUUGGGGAUGGCGUCCAACCUUCCCCCGGCUUUAGCAGGGCCGGGUCGCCGGAAUCGCGCACCGCUAUCCAGGCGCCGACCCCCGGCCCCAACUCCUGCUCCUGAGGAGGGCGGGUCCGCGCGGCUCUUUGGCUGUGCGCGAAACCUUAAUCGAAGUCGGCAUCGGGCGUCGCGCCUCUUGGAAAUAAGCCUGCGGCUGGGUGGCCGGGGAAGCCUCACUUGGCAAAACCCAUUCGGAUUCAACCGCUGCAGAAGGACUUCUGAACUAUGGAUGCAGGAGCUAAGGAGCAGGGUUCUUGAAAUUCUUAAUUUGCUUCAUACAUGAAAUCCAUCAACCAGAGACAAGUAUAAAAGUGUGACUUGGGAAUGGAGACAAUCACAUCCUACACACAACUUCCAUCAGCUUCUGCAUUCAAGACUACAGAUGUUCUACAUAUCCCAGUUUCUGACACCAAAUGCUAAAAUGGUUGAAUACCGCGGCAGUGAAUUGACGUGAUGAGCAGCACGUGGUCAUCUGUGACAGAGUCCUUUAAAAAAACAAACAAACCACAUUCGAUUUCUAAUCUAACAGGAGUCAGAAAUCUUUGGUGAUCUGCUGCAAAUUGCUUAGAAAUUUACCAAUAGAGCUUGAUCUACCUCCUGGCUAUCUAAUUCUAGAUGUUCAGAAACAACUGCCAUCCAUCAUGUUCUGGGUUUAGAACCUGUUGCUCCUCAGGAGGUUUUUCCAUCAUGUUUGGAAAGAAAAAGAAAAAGAUUGAAAUUUCUGGCCCUUCCAAUUUUGAACACAGGGUACACACUGGAUUUGAUCACAGAGAACAAAAAUUCACCGGACUACCUCAACAAUGGCAUAGUUUGCUGGCAGAUACAGCAAAUAGGCCAAAGCCUAUGGUGGAUCCUUCAUGCAUCACACCCAUCCAGCUUGCGCCUAUGAAGACCAUCGUUAGAGGAAAUAAACCUUGCAAGGAUGCUUCAAUCAAUGGCUUGCUAGAAGAAUUUGACAAUAUCUCCGUGACCCGUUCCAACUCACUUCGGAAGGAGAGUCCUCCCACGCCUCACCUGAGAUCCUCCAACCACAUAGAAAUCCACCAGCAAGAAAAUGGCUUUGUCACCUAUUCCCAGUAUUCCAGCGAAUCGGAAACAGGGACCGAUUUCUUUGUUGAAAGGUACAGAGACCGAUGCCUUCGUGGGGAGGAAGCAGACAGAUACUCCCAAGGGAGCUGUGCUGCAAAGCAAAAUGGACACCUGGCCAAGCUGAAACCCAGUGAGAUGUAUUUUUCUGAAGCCAAGCCUUUGAAGUCUGACAUCUCUAGAUUCUUACCAGAUUAUCGCACUUCCUUGGAAACAAAAAGUAAACUGAAUGAGUAUGGUGGCCUGAAGCUGGAAUAUCAGAGAGCACCUAGCCACUCUUCUCUGGAUUAUAAAGAGCCUUUUCAUUAUGCUCUGUCUAGAACUUCUCUCCACAGUCAAUACUCCAGAGAAGGACUAGAAUACAGUGACAGUGAGUGGUCCAAGGAUGAUUACGACAAAAGACCAAAAUCAUCCUAUGUGAACCAGGCAAGUCCUCAACCAGCCAUGAGGCAAAGGUCAAGAUCAGGGUCUGGCCUUCAAGAGCCAAUCAUGCCCUAUGGAGCAAGUGCUUUUAAGUCCAAUCAGCAAGGGUAUUCCUAUAGUUCCUACACCUACCCGCGAUUGUCGGAAACAGCAGCAGGCGUUCCAAAGCUGGAUUAUGAUCGAGCACAGAUAGUAGUAAGUCCACCCCUUUCUGGAUCAGACACAUAUCCACGAGGCCCAACAAAGCUACCUCAGAGUCAGUGCAAAGCCACCUAUUCAGGUAGUGGCUAUCAGUACUCCGCUAUCUAUCACAAAUUCUCUCACUUUAACCACCAGCCUUCUCUGCAGCCGAGCUCACAUUAUACUUCCACAGCUUCUUACCCAAGCUCCCCCAGCAUCACUUCAAGUUCUUAUCCUCCGCCGAGCUGGGGUUCCUCCUCAGAUCAACAACCCUCAAGGGUAUCGCACGAGCAGUUCCGAGCAGCUUUGCAACUGGUGGUGAGCCCGGGGGAUCCUCGAGAAUACUUGGACAACUUUAUCAAGAUCGGGGAAGGCUCCACCGGUAUUGUUUGCAUCGCCACAGAGAAGCACACGGGAAGGCAAGUGGCUGUGAAAAAGAUGGAUCUCAGGAAACAGCAAAGAAGGGAACUGCUCUUCAAUGAGGUUGUCAUCAUGAGAGACUAUCACCAUGAAAACGUGGUCGACAUGUACAACAGUUACCUGGUGGGAGACGAGCUCUGGGUGGUGAUGGAGUUUCUGGAAGGCGGUGCUUUGACAGAUAUAGUGACUCACACACGAAUGAAUGAAGAACAGAUUGCUACUGUUUGUCUGUCUGUCCUAAGAGCAUUGUCCUACCUUCACAAUCAAGGAGUUAUUCACAGGGAUAUAAAGAGUGACUCUAUACUUCUCACUAGUGAUGGGCGAAUAAAGCUGUCGGACUUCGGAUUCUGUGCCCAAGUUUCAAAAGAUGUUCCAAAAAGAAAAUCACUUGUUGGAACUCCAUACUGGAUGGCCCCUGAAGUGAUUUCAAGAUUGCCUUAUGGAACCGAGGUGGACAUCUGGUCUCUUGGCAUCAUGGUGAUAGAAAUGAUAGAUGGGGAACCGCCUUAUUUCAAUGAGCCACCUCUCCAGGCCAUGCGUAGAAUCCGAGACAAUGUACCACCAAGAGUGAAGGACCUACACAAGGUUUCAUCAGUUCUCCGUGGAUUUUUAGACUUGAUGCUGGUGAGGGAACCUUCACAGAGAGGAUCAGCACAAGAACUCCUGAGGCACCCGUUUCUGAAACUGGCUGGGCCUCCAUCUUGCAUAGUGCCUCUCAUGAGGCAAUAUCGGCACCACUAAAUUCGGCUGCUUUUGUUCAUUCGUUUAUUUGUUUUCCAGGAAGCAAUGAGGUUGGGUGCUGCCAAAUCAGCAGCAAGCAGUAGUGAUCCAGUGAGAAAUAUGCCACUGUUGACAUGGCUCAGCCCAUCGUGAAGGCGUCACAGUGAAGAUGUAGCUUGGCUAAUUCCUGACAAUGUCGACAGUUAGUGCUCCUGGGUGAAAUGCAACCACAGUUGGAUUUUUUUUGGCCUGAGUCAGAGCAAGAGGAUUUGAUUUUAAACCAUCCCAUUUGGGGUGAGGCAGGGGGAACUUCCAGCAUUACCCCAAUGGAAGGCCAAACUUUUAUUGCAGAUCAAAGGAGAACAACACUUCUGCUUCAAAAGAGACACUUUUUUCCCUGAAUUUAAAAAAAAAGAAAAGAAAAACAACCCAAGAAGCACUUUUUAUCUCAGUUAGAGCAGUGUGAUGUAUUUUGAAAUGAAUUUGUAAUUUUCUGUACAUUGCUUUUGAUAAUUUAUGUACUUUGGUGUCAUAGUUGCUAGUGGAAGUGAUCGGUAUUACUUAGCAAGUAUUAGAGCGAGAGCUUUCCUACUUUUUUAUCUCUUUUGAAGAGAAACAAACUUACAUGCACACGCACACAAGUGCAGCUCGGAAUGUUGAUUAGAUUUGCUUAUCUGUGCCAGGCAAACAUGGCUUCAUUUUGCAAAUGUUCAAAUUGCUGGCCAAUGCUGUAUUCAUUCCUCCAUUCCUCCACAAAAAUUUCAAGAUUUCAGUGUUGUUUUGAAGCGAUAAGCACCUGGAAAAAUCUAUUCAUGCUUAUGGAAAAGGUUGUGUCACAAUUCUGUAUUCAUUGGAUGAAAGUAUCACGUCUUUUAUGGUGGUAAGCAUAUGAUCAGUUAAGAACAACAGAGGAGAAAUCGGCUGAUCAAGAAGAAGUUUGGUUGGCCACCAAUAACUAUGACAUUUCUGGCUAUGUACAUUGAGCUUGAAAUUACAACACACUUAAACAAGUCAGUGAAAGAUCUAACAGUCACAUUUACACUUGUUAAGCUUGCAGGCAUUAACCUUUGUUAGUUUCUUUGUGAAUGGGAGUUAGUUAAUGAACCAGGUUACGUGCAUCAGGUUAGUGCAGCCUAUACUGAGUGACUUGUCCCAUAGAGACCUAACUGCUCUGGAUCAAAACUUACGGGACUUGUAUUCCAGCAAUGGAUUCAGCCAGAGCUAACAUUGGAUGGUGCCAGAUUGAAAAUGAGACCAGUUUGCAAAGCAGACCAGUGUCUGUAUGGUGCUAGAUGGGGUUGCUUACUCCAUAUGACUUCAGCUGAGUGGUUAUGCUUCCAUCUGAAUUCCAGAAGCCCUUCCUUGUCCUGUGUUUAUAAGUUUCCACCAUGAUUCACCAUGUAUCUGAGUGCCCGUCCCGGAGUUGGGGCAGAGCACUUAAGAGUAUCAUCCUUGCUGUCUGCAAACAGUGGCUUCAUUACCAGUACUUCCUUGUGCCAUCACACCACCCAAGUGGGAGUGCCUGGAACUACUGGUCUUUCUCUCCCUAAAUUCUGUUCUGUCCCUUGUCCUUGUGGACUAACAUCAUGUCCUGUGACUUGAGGUCAUCCAAGCAAAUGCAGCUGCCAUUGCAUACUGUACUGAAAAGCCAGUAUCUUCAUCCAUCUCUGGAAUCUCUUAAAGUGGGACAUUCCAAGGAGCUGAUGCCUGUCCUUGUAGCUAGUCUUUAAGCUAGGCAGACCAAGGGCCUGACCUACAUUCACAUACCCUCGGAGGCUUCGCACACUUCCUAGUUUAGGCUACUGAAUGAAGAAAGCUGUAUAGCACAGAGCAGACUUUCAUCGUUGCAUUGCAUCGCCCGCACUGCCCAACACUCUGAACUGCUCACAAGUUGUAAGUACAUAAACUGGAGUUUAGCAGCGACAAUAGUUCAGCAGACACUUGGGCUUGCACACACAGUAAUGCCAGUUUUGAGUCUCCUUUUGUAGCUUCACGUGUGACAGACACCCCACUCAAGGCACCUGCGGGCAAGAGAAUCUCUGCUUAGUCUUAGCAACAUGGAUAUUGCUUCAUUUGACUCCGUGCCAAGUCCAAUGCCUCCCGUUUGUCUUCAUUAUUUUUAUUCAGGCUUUAGUAGUCAACCACUAAGUGGGCGUUUUCUGAGUUUAAAUCAAAGUGUUGUAAAAUUUGGUUAAUGUGUUUUGCCAUACAGGAGAAAAAGCUGUCUAAAUCCCUUUGAAAUGUUAAUUCAGCAAUGGCAACUACAAUUAAUCUUAUGUUGCUUGUUUGGUAGGUUUGCAUGUUUACCAUAGACCUGGAGAGAUUUGCCUUUAUUAAGUGCUCCAUAAUUAUUUCAGUCAGUGGGAAGGAGUUAUUUAUUUAUUCAUUAUGUAUAACUUGAAAGCCAUGUCUUUUCUAACUUGGAUUUUGCUUUUCGUUUUGGGUUAUUUUCACCUGAUUUCACUUGAAGAAAACUGUCUGAUCCUAAAACUGAUGUCUCUGGAUAGAGCAUUUUGCAUUGUGGUGGGCUUUCAUUUUAUCAGUAAGUUGGUUGAUACCUAUUGUAAUAAAAGAGAAGCCAACCCAAAAGUUAGAAAGUU